AUGGCUACCUACUAUUCCCUUCGAGAUAUUCUAUCGGUGGCUUCAAAACAUCCAUUCUAUAACCGGGAGAUCGAAUACCCGCCCAAUGCGGAAGAAAUAGCCCAGCUUCUCGACCAAACUGCGACAACCCCAGAUCUUCGCGCUCUCCCUCUUACACACAAAGAAGACCUCUAUACGGCAAUCCAACGCCUGUCUACCGAUGACUCCCCCCAUAAUGACUUCCGACGAAGCGCGUACAGCAGUAUCACCGGCGGAGGAUCUGGGGGUGUGCCUAUGCUGUUUCUGACCGACUCAGUCGAGAAUCGCAAACAUCGAUACACCGCUGGACAAUUUCUAAAAACAUGCGGACUGGUAAACCCUCGUGACUGGAUCUUGACAGUGCACGUCACAGGCGGCUUUUAUCGGUCACUCGAUCUUUUGUCGGAGAUGUUCGAGAAUGCAGGCGGAAGUGUUCUUGCCGCGGGACACACAACGCCCGUUGCGAAUGUCGUGGACGCGUUGAUCAAAUACCGAGUGAACGUCCUCAGUGGCGGAAGUAGUCAGAUCUUGCAGAUUCUGAACUAUAUUGCUUCAACUACACCAGAAGAACAGAAGGCACUGAAAAUCGACAAGAUCAUCUAUACCUCAGAAGCUUUGGGUCGGCCACAGCGAGAUUUCAUUCGGUCCGUCCUCGGUCCAGUCAGUAUCUGUUCGGUGCUCGGGAGUUCCGAGGCUGGACCUUGGGCAGUUGCCAAUCUAGCGCUCACCGGCGAACCAGAGGACGAUGCUGUUGAAUUCAUCUACGAUUCCCGUACCAUGAUCGUCGAGAUUCUUCCUCUGGAGGCCACAGAGACGCCGAGAGGGUCCAUGCAAGAUGUGCCAGAGCUACCGGAAGGGAGUGUUGGUGUGAUCGUGCAGACUUCCCUGCAGCGCCUUAGAAACCCGCUCGUGCGCUAUAUCACCGGUGAUGUAGGAUCACUGCAUCCCCUGCCUGCUGCAGCGAAGGCCGCUCUCCCAGCGGAUGAAGCUCGGCACUUGCGAAUGAUCCGGGUGCGGGGACGUGAUAAGCGGUUCAGCUUCAAGUGGGUCGGGAGGUAUUUUGAAUUCCAUACCAUCAGAGAGAUUAUGCGUACGCCUGAAUGGGGAGUCUUGCAGUGGCAGCUCAUAUUGAGAGUGGAAGAGCCGUCUCCGGAGGUGAUUUUGGAGGUUCGUGUGUUGCUUUCUACUGCUGAGACAGUUGACCAGAUCCCUCAAGAUGAGUUGAUCGAAAAGCUGAAGACACUCUUUGUCGUUGUGGGGAAUAGUGAACACCUGUUCAAAGUAACCUUCGUAGGGGAUGAUCAAGGGUUUGUGCUGAGCACCACGGGGAAUAAAGUAAUGAGCUUUGUGGACAGGAGUGUUCCAGCUUAA